AGUCGAGGGGUGAAAAGGGAUUAUGUAUCGUGGGUUAGUUCGUUCUUCGUACCUGCCAAUUCGUAUUUCGUGUUUCGUUGCGCGUGAGACUCGUGCGAUCCUCGAGCGAGGCACAUCGUAAUGGCCGCGACCUGACUCGGGUGAUGUGCAUGCGAGCUACCGUGUUCGCGUUACGUGAAGCAGACGAGCGGAAAAAGAGGUAGGGUAAGCAAAUACGAAAAACGAGAAGAUACGACGAAGUUUAAGAGUUACGCGAUUUCUGUGCGUAUCGUGAGUGCUUGUGGGUGGGCGAGGCGUGAGCUCACAAUAAGAGUCUCGAGGACGACGAACCAUGAGCGAAGAUCGAAGCGAAGAAGAUCCUUUAAUGGAUCUUUGGUAUAGCAAUUGGGAACAACAGUGCGUUGAAGCAUUGGAAACAGAACAAGAUUACGAAACGCAACUGCACAACGAAAAGGAACUUUAUUCCCAGCAGAUGUGGACGAGUUUUCAGACGACUGCGUCGGCCAUCGCCCAGCUGUAUAAAGAUCGUACGCAGGGUGUCUCUCUAUGGGUACCUUUCCAGACUGCUGCAGGUACCGUCACAUCGUUGUACAAAGAUUCUAUGGACAGCAUGCGUCGAUGCAGUGAAUUAGGUAUAGAAAUGGGCCGACAAAAGCGUAGUAAAGAAAUUAUGAAUUGGGCUAGAAAGAAAAGGCGUAUGAUUCGUAGAGAAGAUUUGUUAGCAUAUCUAGCUGGAAAACCACCUCCACCUCGACCACAUUCGCAUAGAAGUUCACCUAAACCAAGGAUGAUGGUUUGUAGUUCGCCUUCUACAGAAAGUUCAACACCAAAUAUGGUUGUUGCACCAACACCAAUACCUGGAAAUGAUCCUGAUCCUGAAUUACAUACAUUUAGAGAAGCAAUUGCAUUGUCUGGCUCACCAAUAUCUCGGCGUACUGGAAGACAAGCCGAAUUAUCGGCUUUUAUUAGUAGCGAAUUCGCUCGACAUCAUAAACGGCCUGCUUCGCAUGACGUGGAUAUGGGAUCUCCCACGCACAAACGUUCACGUUUCAUGUAACGGCGCGCGAUGUGUAAAGUAGCCUCACUCCCUUGUUCCCCAUUAAUUAAUCAAUUGAUAAAUUAAUUAUUAACGGUUCAACUCCCCUACAUAGUUCCCGGUUAAACAUAAUCACUUCAAGAAGAUGGCAAUGACUUGCAUUGUCAUAUAAAACACGUUCGUAUAUUUCGAGUAAUUUAUAUUAUCUGUCACGUUUCAUUAUUAUUAUUUAUUAAGCUUUAUAGUUCGGUUUUUAUAUCAAUAAUCAGGGUAAUUAAUUUUAUUUAAUAAAUAAUUAAUUUAAUUAAAUAAUAUAAUCAUUUAAAAUAAUUAUAAUCAUUUAAAUUACUGUAUAUUAUUUGGGGAAAUUUUAGUUUGUUAAAGUUUAAAGAUAUGAUGCAAAAAUUUAUUAUUAUAUAUACUAGAAAAAAUCUAUUUUGAAAUUAUUUAUUUAUUUAUAUAAGCUGUGAGAUAAUACAAACGUGUUAUAACAAUACCAUUCAAAGUGCCCAUGCAGAGUGAAUGUCAUUGUUUUAUAAGCAUAAAAUCUGUAUAUGUGAUUAUUAGUUUAUCGAUCUAUAAACCAAGAGUAUGAACCUUGCCAAAUGUAUUAUGAGAUGUUAAAAGCUGUAACUAACAUGCUUUACACAAUUGAUGUGUAUGUUAAAAAUUAGCAGCUAAUAUUUCGUGAUACUUUUUUCAGUCACUUCAUAGUGUACUGUAAUUUUUUUAAAUGGGAUGUUCUAAAAGUGAGAAAUGAAUUGGAGAUUUAAUGUUUUAUAAAUAUAUUACUAUCUACGAUUGUAAUUUUGCGAGAUAAAAGGGAACGGGGAGAGGAUGAUUAUAAAAUGUUUUUUCAUAAUCCAAAGGAUCGCUUCUUCUGAUUAUAAUAUUGUUAUAAUUAUUAAAUGAUCGUAGAUAAUUCAUAUUUGGACGCUUUUAUCAAUAAAAAAAAAUCAUUUCAUAUGGCUUUCGUUGGCAAUAAAAAAGAAAUAAUGAUAGAAGAAAUAAGGACAUAAGUGAAAGUACUAAAAAAAAAAAUGAGAUGUUGACAAAUUGAUUUUUGUAAUUCUGUAAUUUUUAUUUACUACUUAUGAACAAGGGAUCUACAUUUUCUGUUAUAUGAUAGAAUAAUCAUACUCUAUAUGUAGAAUAAUCAUAAAAUUGUCUUUUCGAUAAUAUAUUUAAUUGUUUUUACAAUUCUUUUGUUUGUAAUUUUGCAUCUACUUCAUAUAUUUAUGUGUGCGAUCCCUUGGAAAUAAUCUAAAAAUGCUGCUGCCAUGUUUUAUGCGUCAUGACAUCCACGCCAAAGGUUUAAUUAGAUUGAGAUCGAGCUUCAAAGCAAGGUUCAAAGAAGACUUUAAAAAAUGAUGUUCACGUUUCAUUCUUUCCAUAUAUGUCGCGGGUGCUCAUAAUUGUGUAACUAAUUGAUAAAAUUCUUAAAUAGACUUUGUGUAGUUAUAAAUCUUAAAUAUGUUAGGGUAAGCAAUGCUUAUAUCAAACAAAAUCGACGGAUAAAAUGAACGGAUCGGUAGGAAAAAUCUAUGCGAAGUUCCUUCCAAUCUCUUUAUAUCCGAUGUCAAUUGGAUAAUGUCAGUGAUGAAAAGAUGAUCAUAAUAUAAAAUUGAUUUUUAUCUUUUGGCGUAUAUGUUAUAAGCAAAGGGUUGAGCAAUGUGUUGGAAAUAUGUCUCAGGCAAAGUCUGUAUGAAGACAGUGCAAUGUAAAGGGAUCUACUUUUACACUAGUAUGGACUUAAUCAAUAAACGAGCUUUUCGUCUUAGAUGUAGCCGUUGUUGGGGAGACAUGGGCAGCUCUUUGCUGUAUAUGCAUAUACAUAUACGUUAUGUAUAUGUAUAUUUGUACAUAUACGUGCAUAUCUUAUAAGAAGCAUUAUAUUCAAAGACUCAUAUUGGAGUGAUUUAUCGCUUCAUUUUUAAGGUCAUUGUAAAUGUAUAUUAUUUCUAGCGUUGUGCCUCGUAAUUACUUCUAUUUGAAUUUUGAAGACUAUUAAUUAUAGGAAAUUCGAAAAUGUUUCAAUCGAACUGCCGGUAAAUUUAUUUAAGAAAAGAGUUCAAUUUUCCUAUACAUUUUCGAAUUUCUUUUUAUUUGUUCUUCAAAGUCAUUUAGAAGUGAAUUCGUUUUAGUUUGUUUCCUUUUUCUCGACAUUGUUUGAGCACCGUUCCGGAAACAAGCGAAAAAAUUGUUAUUCAGUUGUAAAUAUUAAAUAUAGCGUAAAUUCGUAAUGAUAACGAUAAACAAUAGCCUUAGGGGUAUUGCUAAUAUUAUCAUUAAUAUCGAUAACUAUGCGAUAGCUUUAAUAAUAUUUAUCAUAUGAUCGGCAAUUAUAAUAAAACUACAAGGACUGCACUUGACUCUACUUUCCUGACCAGUUUGGUAUGCAGGGUCAUGUUUCUGAAAGUUCUAAAAGUUCCAUUCAAACGAAAUGUAUAAUACAAUAUUAAGGAGUAUCUUUGUACGUUAAUAAUUUAAUUGCAUCAUUUGUUUUUAAAGUUUCAAAAUGAAAUUCUUUUUUACGGCAAUAUUCUAUUGAUUGAUUUCUUGAUGGAUCUUCGUACAAAGGUAACUCUAAAAAAACAUAUAGAAGAAAGUAACAUGCUGAAGAUGCCAUAUUUAGGAAUACUUUAUUGAUAAGAAAAUAAUAGUUAAUGAUGAACAUCGAGUCAUUUUGUACAGGCACCGUCAUCUUUAUUUUUGUUCUUUUAGUAAAGUAAUAUUUCCAAUUUAUACUCAAGAGCUGUUCUUGGUCGUGAUAAAAAAAUCUAUGUUUGUUUAUAUUGGAUUGAUAACGUGUUAUUUGUUUGAUUACUUGCAAGAUUUUGUCGAUAUAAUUGAUAUUGUCUUAUCUUGCAUAAAACUAACUGUAUUCGUGAGAUAUUUUGAGAUCAGCAAUUAAGUUCUCCCAUAUAUGUAUAUAUAUAGGGAGUUUUCCCUUUCUCAGAAAGAGUUAAUCUUGUUAGUAAUCUGUUGUAUUUUAUACUGAAAAUAUAUUUUUUAUUUAUACGGUCCAUGCAAUAUAUUGUGCACAGCUUGAAAAAGAAAUAAAUGAUUUUAUUAAAGUUUGGUAUUAUUUAUAACUUAAAGUUGUAAAAUAAUAUUUUUUGUAUGUAAAUUUUUUGAGAUUGUAAACAAAUAGGAAAAGAUAUGAAUAGUAUGUCUUUCAUAAUGAAAUUUAAGAUUUUGUGUUAUUAAUAAUCUUUUUGUCAAUCGAUGACUUCCGUCUUUCUUUAAUGAAAUAUGUAAUUCAUAUGUACUUGCUGCCAAAAGAAGUUUCCAAUGAUGUUGCCAUUAUGCAAAACCGACUGUUGUGUAUAGAAAUAGAAAUAGCUUAUAGGGCGCUAAAAUUAAUCGAUUAAUAGUAAAAAUAAAUUAAUCCGUUUUUAUAUUAAUAAAUUGAUAGUUGUCUAGAAUAAUCAGAUAAGUUAAACAAAUAUCAAUAUUUAUUAUUCAUUAAUCGAUUAAUCUUCAGCCUUGAUAGGUGAAAUCGCGAGGAAUCACUUCUGUAUCAUAUCUUUUUCACAGUAAUAGUAGUUCGUACGCUAAUCAUACAGGUGCAUAGGGACGCGUACGUGUCACAAACACAGGGCACCAAGAAAUUUUCUACGAGCCAUUUUUUUUAUUCUGAUGCACAUUAAUCGCAAUGAUGUACUUUUUUGUCAAAAAAAUGUAUCAUCAUAUUCUACUUGCACGAACACUAAAAAGCCGUGAUAUGAUACGAAAAUGUAUGCUCACGGCAAGGCGAGAAAUGGUGCUGUUAUUUUUUGCGAACAUAAGAAGCUUGUAUAUUUUUGCGUCUCUUGUUUGUAAGAUAAUUAUUUACAAAUAAAAUUACAAAGAAAAAAAUAUUGUUAUAUCGUCAGUAAUCACCUUUUGUAUACAAAUUAUUUAUAUAUUUUUCAUAAUAU